UGACUACAUUUCCCAUGCUCUAAAGCCAGUGGCUGAUGGGAUGUGUAGUUAUUCAAUAACAAAACAGUGACUAGGAGGACCCUCCCCCUCAGAGUGAGCACGUUACUAUUACAGUCAGUUUAUAAACCCCAGGCAGGACGCGCGGUGUCACAGCCUCCACACGCUGCGCUCUUUACCGCUCUCACCGCUCCUACCGCUCCCACCGCCCCGCUGACGCGCAGAGCUCCGGCCGCUGAGCUCAGACCUGGGCACGUUCACAGGACUCAGACAUGGAGAAAGAUGCGAGACCCAGUUGGGACAACCCCAUGCAGUUUGUGCUGGCGUGUGUGUCGUAUGCAGUCGGACUGGGGAACGUGUGGCGGUUUCCGUACCUGUGUCAGAUGCACGGUGGAGGGGGGUUCCUGAUUCCAUAUCUAAUCAUGCUGUUUCUGGAGGGCGUGCCCUUGUUCUACCUGGAGCUUGCCAUUGGUCAGAAGAUGCGUCUUGGUAGCAUUGGAGCGUGGACUGCCAUCAGCCCAUAUUUGGGAGGAGUGGGUCUUGCUAGUGUUGUGACUUCCCUGUAUCUGUGUCUCUAUUACAACAUCAUCAAUGCAUGGAGUUUCUGGUACCUCUUUCAUUCAUUUCAAUCCGUCCUGCCCUGGGCCGAGUGCCCCGUCAACUCCAACCGAACAGGGCCCAUAGAGGAGUGUGAGAGGGCCACGCCCACCCAGUACUUCUUCUACAGGGAGACGCUGGACAUUUCUUCUUCUAUUGAAGGGAACGGAGGUGUUCACACGGGCCAGGCUCUGUGUCUCGUGCUCGCUUGGGUCAUUACUUACCUGUUCAUUGUCCGAGGGGUAAAGUCAACUGGAAAGGUGGUGUACUUCACAGCCACCUUUCCCUACCUGGUCCUCUUUAUCUACCUGAUCCGGGGCGUCACGCUGCACGGGGCCAUGAAUGGAGUCAAAUACAUGUUCACACCCAAGAUGGAGCAGCUUGCCGACCCCACCACGUGGAUCAACGCAGCCACUCAGAUCUUCUUCUCUCUGGGUCUGGGGUUCGGGUCUCUCAUAGCCUUCGCCAGCUACAACCAAUACAACAACAACUUUGAGCGUCAGGCCAUCGUCGUCUCCCUCAUCAACAGCGGGACCUCCAUCUUCGCCAGCAUCGUCACCUUCGCCAUCUACGGUUUCAAGGCCACCGUCAACUACGAGAACUGCCUGGAGAGGACCCGCGUCCUGCUGCUGAAUACCUUUAACCUAGCAGAGGACACCAUCACCAUGGACACGGUCUACGAAUGGACUGAGAAGCUGAACGCCACGUAUCCGCAGCAGUUUGCUGAGAUCGCCAACAAACUGGAAACCUGUGACCUGGAGAGUGAACUAGACACUGCAGUGGAGGGGACAGGUUUGGCCUUCAUAGUGUACAGUGAGGCCAUUAAAAACAUGCCAGUGUCCCAGCUGUGGUCAGUGCUGUACUUCGUUAUGCUGCUGCUGCUGGGGAUGGGCAGCAUGCUGGGAAACGUCACCGCCAUCAUCACCCCGCUGCGAGACUUCAAGAUUGUGUCCUGCAUGAGCAACGAGUUGUUCAACGGUUUAGUAUGUCUGUUCUGUCUGCUGCUCGGCCUCGGCUUCACCACCCCCUCAGGGAACUACUGGUUCACCAUGUUCAAUGACUAUGGAGCCACGUUCUCCCUGCUCUUCAUCGUCCUCAUCGAGGUCAUAGCUGUCAGUUACAUCUAUGGGAUUAGAAGGUUUGAAAAGGACAUAGAGGACAUGCUCGGUCAUCGUCCCAACUGGUACUGGAAGAUCAUGUGGGGGUUCACCAGUCCUAUUCUCCUUAUCGGCCUCUUUAUCAUCUACAUCGUCAAGUACAUCCAGGGCGGGACGCCCACCUACCAAGCAUGGAACAAAGAGCUGGGCAAGUCAGUGGUGACGGAGUAUCCUGUCUUCGGUCAAGUCUUCAUCGGCCUGCUGCUGGUGUCGUCGGUCAGCUGCGUCCCCCUCACAGCUCUGUACGUCUUCUGCAGGAAGAGGAAACGCGGGAACCAUCACAAGUGGGAGCGGAGCGUGAACACUGUCUCCACUUAGUGACAGAAGGCGACGGAGCCGUCCUCCAGCUGAACUGAGCAGCAUCACUCAUCUCCUGUUAACAUGGAGCGACUGUGGCGUGUGAUCAGCUGGUGUCUGUGUUUUCUUUCCACUUUCUUCUUCUUCACUGUCACCAAAUGUCUCAUCAUUGAAAACGUUUGGAGCUGAUCUCACCGAGGAGCAGGAGACACGUCUGCUCCUUUAAAAACUAAACCUGGCUUCUUCCCAGUGAAUGUAUUAUUGCAUAAUUUCUCUCAGUGUUAAAGUCACCCCACCCCCCCACCCCCACCCCCACCCCCACCCCCACCCCCACCCCCCAGUCUCAGUCCCCCACAGCUGAGCCGUGGACCAUGUUGUUAGUGUAGAUACAGUUUUUUUAGCUGUAACUCAGUGUUUCAUAUGACACUAGUUUACUAAAUGUCAUUAUAUGAUGAAUGUAUGUAGAUAUGUAGUGUACACAUCUAGUGUUUGAGUAUGUUAGUUAUUUUUCAUAUCUUCUAAAUGUUGUUUCAUAUUCAGCCUUUAAUUUUAAUUCCUCCUCUCAGCGGGGCCACGUUCAGUUCAUCUGCAGAAAUACUAAACCCCACAGUGAGAGUGGAGUCCAGCAGGAGGAUCACAGAGGGUCCAGGUCCAGCAGCAUCCAGCGUCUUGUUUCAGGACUUUUCUAACACUGAGUCAGUAUUGUGAGAGAAGGAGCAGUUCACAGAGCCAGAACCAAAAGCCCUGCAGAGCUGCAGAGUACCAUGUUGGACAGACUGACUGAGGUGUAGGUCUAAUAAUAGCUUGUAUUGAGUUGUGUGGUGAGCAGAUUUGUUGUGUGUUCCCUUUGUAAGAAGGUUGUACAAAUUACUUGUUUUUCCUACAUAUGAAGUAUUUUUUGAUAACUAGUUUUGUACCUGUUUUAAAUGCUGGCGUCUGCUUUCAAACCCUCUGUAAGAGAGUUCAACAUCAGGUCUGUGUGAACCAGUAGUGGAGCUACUGAGCCAAAUAUAAAUGUAAUAUUUGCUUUGUACACCCUCUAACCUAUAAACUGUACAUACUGUAGAUAUGUGUGUUAUCCAAUGGUCUAAUCAUUACAAUCAACUAAUGUGACUUUUUUUGUGCUGUUGUUUAAAUGCAAUGUUAGUUUCUCCCACAGACAAUGAACUGCCAUUAAAAAAAUCAAUUAAC